AUGGCUCAGGCGCAUGUUCAGAGACCGACGGCGAGAUUCAUGGCCGAUCCUGCCACAUUUUGGGGUCCUCCACCCCCUCUCAGUGCUCAGCCUCAGCCUCAGCAAGCCAUGCAGCAUCUUCGGAUGACGAGCAACGGUCAUCCGGCUGUCGGCAGACAGAUCUCCAGUCUGGCAGGAUUCGGGUUCGAUGCUCCUCCCGGACCGGCUCAAGCCUACCAUGCUCCGACGCUCAUCACACCGACUCAGUCCACGUUUCCGGCUCACAAGGAGGCGGCGAUGCCGUUCACUCCUGUCAGCCCCUCGCCGUUCGAGCUACAGCAGCACGCUGCCCACCAGUCUGCACAAGCCUCCCUGCACCGUCACCCUGGAGAGCAUACUGCCAGAAGAAUCUACGAUCCCGUGGCGAUGCAUCACAUCAGGCGCUCCACCUCCUCAUCUGCUGGCUCACGAACUUCUUCUGCCAACGGCGCCCAAUUCGAUCCCGCUCUCUCUCUGGGACACCCUCAGCCUUAUCCAACCCAGAGCUGGCAGGCUAAUCUUGCUCAUCAUGCCGACCCCAUCCGCCGACCGAGCACGGAAAGCUCGGCUUCUGUCUCUACGCUUGCUCCUUCAGACUUAGAUAGGACUAGCAAAGUCUCUGCCAUCGUCAAUGCCCCUCGCUCUCGAGGCGUCGGCAAAAGGGCGAGCAAGUCUGCAAGCAAGCUUGUCGAGGGCAGCUUCUCCCACGACGAAGUUGUCCAGCAGGAUCGAGUGACGCCCAAGAAAGCGGUGCAGACUUCUGCCCGCUUGCCGCCCACUCCUGCGCUCUCCUCGUCCGAAUCGUACUUAUCCGCUCAGCCUUUGGCCACCUGGGAUCAAUACUCCCACGAUCUCGCCCACCAGAACGCAAAACGUUCCAUCUCUGCCAGUGGAAUCGUCUUGCCACUCUCGCCCGAAUCGCCAGAGCCGAGCUCGAGAACUAUGCCGACGGUCAUGAUGACAAAGCCACACCCACCCGCACCGCUCGCUCAUGCCGUGCCGGUCACCAUCAAGAUCUCUGAGCCUGUCGAAGAUGUCAAGACAGAGAGUCUGAUCAGACUUGAAGAUCCUGCACUCCUGACCAGCUCCGUCGCUGCUAGACAUCACAGACGGGCUUCAUCGUGCGCUAAAGCCGGCCAUAUCAGAGCCAUGCUCAUCGACAACGACGGCAGAGCUUCCUUGGCUGUCAUAGCUCCUCAAGCGCACAAGCCAGUUCAGAUUGCUCGAUCGAACCAUGUCGUUGCUGCGGAAGCGCAAGGUAUGGGUAGGAUUAUCCUCGACAGGCGAGUCCUGGCAGAGCGUCUGGCGGGCGAGUCGCACCCACUUUUAGGCACGUCUGCUGGCUUCUCUGCGUCCCGACGAGCUGGACAAGGUCGAUCACGCGUCCCGACAAUGGCUCAAGAGUGGAAUGACCAGCAGGGUCUCGACGAAGAGACAAAGCAAAGACGAUCCAGAAUUCACCGAUGGAUGUUGUCAGACGAGAGCGAAGAAGAUCUCGCAAGAGAUGCUUGGUCGAUGAUCCCGCCAAGCUGGGCAUUCGAUUCGGAUUCAGCGUUUGACGAAGAGAACGAGAGCGAAGAGGCUGCACGCAGCGAUCCUCACAGACUGCGAACGACACGCAAUACCGACGCCGUCGAUGAGCUCGUCAUGGCAGGCGGCAAGGGUCUCAAGCGACUGAGAAUGUCGUCGCGUCGUAAGGCCUUGCUGCGCGCAGAGCAGACUGGCGAGGAUCUUGCCAAUUUUGCAGCCUCUUCCAUCUUCAAGCGAUCACGCCAUGCCGUCCUGCUCGCAGAACAUGGCAGGGGUCCUCUCGCUACCCUCGAGAGUGCUCACCACCCUCAUGUCGAGCUAGCCGGCCUUUGCGUCUGUGGCGAAGAACGAGAAGAAGAGCCAACGCUCAAGUGCGAUUAUUGCGGUAUCUGUUACCAUCUCGACUGCCUCGGCAUGAAUGAAGACGAUGAGAUUGACGAGCAAUGGUACUGCUUCCAAUGCACCGGCGGACCUCGACAUGGUCGCUCGAGAAAGAUGUCAGCCUACAACGUUCCUAUCCCGCCAAUCUACACUGAGCCGACACUCGUGCCGAGUGCUCCCAGCCCGAUGCUACAGCAUGAGCUCCUCAGACCAGACCUAGACUCGAUGGCGCUGGCACCCUCGCCCCGACUCGCGUCUCGCAACAUCUAUCGCCCGCCUGUGCAUAUCUACAACACGCCAGGCUCGAGUCCUGUCUCGCGAGCAAGACAGCCUUCGUAUGGCAAUGGCUUCUUGCGCGUCGUGCCUGCAACGCCGCUCACGCGUAUUCAGAAGGCGAGCACGGACUAUGCACCAGCUUCGCCUGUCACCCGUCGGGAUCGUAUGGCCAGCGCUCAUAUGGUCCACUUUGACGACGCUUACCUCGAUCACCAUAAUCACGACGAGCGAAUGCGUGCAUGGGAAACAGACGCCUUCUCGACGCCUUCGUUCGGCAUGACUGCAUUCGACGAGCCUGUCUUUUCGGACGAUGUCAUGUCGAGCCCCGCUCGUCUGAUGAACGCUCACCAUCUCACGACGCCCAUCGUCUCCUCUGCCCGUCGUCGCAGUCAGCACUACAUCGGAACACCAAAUUCCGAAUUGAGACUGUCGCCUCAAAAGCAUCGCAGGACGCCUUCGGCUUCGCUCAAUCUGCGGGCAGCUGCCGGUCUGCGCAAGUCUACCGUGGCCGAUAUGGCUACCCCGCCGAGAUCGAUGGCUGCCAUUGCAAAGAUGCCCCCGCCGAGCUACACAACGCCAAAGAGCGUCAACCUCAUGGAAGCUUACCCUUCGCCUGCCUCUUCCAAGCGACGUCGUAAAUCGAGUUACAAGAGUGUCGGGAUGGGUAUCGAAGGUCUCGAGAAUCUAUUGGACAUUUAG